GAGCGGCAGCAACGGCGGCAGGAGCGCGAGUCCGGCGCCGCCUCCCGGCCGCACCGCCAAAGCAAGCAGCCGCCGCCCGGCCUUGCUGCUCUCCCCGCCUCCCGGCCCGCGGGGAGGGAACGGCCCGCCCUCCGCCCGCCUGCCCGCCGGAGAGUGAGCGGCGCCCGUGCCGCCCCGCCAGCCCGCCGUUCCCCGGCCGCCGUUCGGGCGCGCGCAGCGAGCGGGAGCGACUAUGCCAAGAUGGUCCUGCAGGCGCGGAACAAGCACCGGGAGGCGGCCCCCAAGCCGCCCCAGCCGCCCCGCGCUUCUCAGUCGCCGCUGAGGGGGGCGCCGGACCCCGGCGCCGGGGAGCCCGGGCCCGAGCGCGCGCCUCGGUCCCCCGGGCGCAAGGUUCUGUUUGUGGAAGUUUCCAUUAAUUUAAAUUUCUUUUUUCUUCCAGCUGCCUUUGCAGCAGUGUUGCACUGGAGCCAUAUAACACACCUCUUUGAAAAUGAUCGCCACUUUUCUCACCUCUCAACGUUGGAAAGGGAGAUGGCUUUUCGCACUGAAAUGGGACUGUAUUAUUCCUACUUUAAGACUAUUGUGGAAGCACCCUCAUUUUUGAAUGGAGUAUGGAUGAUUAUGAAUGAUAAGCUGACUGAAUACCCCCUUGUUAUAAAUACAUUAAAAAGGUUCAAUCUUUAUCCUGAGGUAAUCUUAGCCAGCUGGUACCGGAUUUAUACCAAAACAAUGGACUUGAUUGGUCUUCAAACCAAGAUAUGUUGGACGGUUACCAGAGGAGAAGGACUCAGUCCUAUUGAAAGCUGUGAAGGAUUGGGAGAUCCUGCUUGCUUUUAUGUGGCUGUAAUUUUUAUUUUAAAUGGACUAAUGAUGGCAUUAUUCUUCAUAUAUGGCACAUAUUUAAGCGGCAGCCGAUUAGGAGGCCUGGUUACAGUGCUGUGCUUCUUUUUCAAUCAUGGAGAGUGCACACGUGUGAUGUGGACACCACCUCUCCGCGAAAGCUUCUCCUAUCCGUUCCUUGUACUUCAGAUGUUGCUUGUGACUCACAUUCUCAGGGCUACAAAACUUUAUAGAGGAAGCCUGAUUGCACUCUGCAUUUCCAAUGUAUUUUUCAUGCUUCCAUGGCAGUUUGCUCAGUUUGUGCUUCUUACUCAGAUUGCAUCAUUAUUUGCAGUAUAUGUUGUGGGAUACAUUGAUGUAUGCAAAUUACGGAAGAUCAUUUAUAUACACAUGAUUUCUCUUGCACUUUGUUUUGUUUUGAUGUUUGGAAACUCAAUGUUAUUAACUUCUUAUUAUGCUUCCUCUUUGGUAAUUAUUUGGGGUAUACUGGAAAUGAAACCACAUUUCCUGAAAAUGAAUGUAUCUGAACUUAGUUUAUGGGUUAUCCAAGGAUGUUUUUGGUUAUUUGGAACUGUCGUACUCAAGUAUUUGACAUCUAAAAUCUUUGGCAUUGCAGACGAUGCUCAUAUUGGCAACUUAUUAACAUCAAAAUUCUUCAGUUACAAGGAUUUUGAUACUUUAUUGUAUACCUGUGCAGCAGAGUUUGACUUUAUGGAAAAGGAGACUCCUCUGAGGUAUACAAAGACACUGCUGCUUCCGGUUGUUCUGGUUGUGUUUAUUGCAAUCGUUAGAAAGAUUAUUAGUGACAUGUGGGGUGUCUUAACUAAACAACAGACACAAAUGAGAAAACACCAAUUUGAUCAUGGAGAGCUAGUUUAUCAUGCAUUGCAACUGUUAGCAUAUACAGCCCUCGGUAUUUUAAUUAUGAGACUAAAACUCUUCUUGACCCCACAUAUGUGUGUUAUGGCUUCUUUGAUCUGUUCAAGACAGCUAUUUGGAUGGCUCUUUUGCAAAGUACAUCCUGGUGCUGUUGUUUUUGCUGUCUUAGCAGCAAUGUCAAUACAGGGUUCAGCAAAUCUACAAACCCAAUGGAAUAUUGUAGGGGAAUUCAGCAAUUUGCCACAAGAAGAACUUAUAGAAUGGAUCAAAUACAGUACUAAACCAGACGCGGUGUUUGCGGGUGCCAUGCCCACAAUGGCGAGUGUUAAACUCUCUGCACUUCGGCCCAUUGUGAAUCAUCCACAUUAUGAAGAUGCAGGUUUAAGAGCCAGAACGAAAAUAGUUUACUCAAUGUAUAGUCGAAAAGCAGCUGAAGAAGUGAAGCGAGAAUUGAUAAAGUUACAAGUGAAUUAUUACAUUCUAGAAGAGUCCUGGUGUAUAAGAAGAUCCAAGCCUGGGUGCAGUAUGCCUGAAAUUUGGGAUGUGGAAGACCCUGCUAAUGCUGGGAAACCUCCCUUAUGUAACCUCCUGGUGAAGGAUUCCAAGCCACACUUCACCACUGUAUUCCAGAACAGUGUUUACAAGGUCUUAGAAGUUAUAGAAGAGUGACUGCUGCCUACAGAGAAGUACAUCAGUAAUGGUUUUAAUGUUUUGCUAAUAAUUCAUGCCUUGUUUUUAAUUCAGAUCCCAAAAACUUUUAUAGGUAACUGUUUUCAAAUAGAAAACAUUUCGUGUGGUCAAUUUGAAUGUCGUUCUGAUUGUAAAGAUACUUAACACCUUAAUCAGUUGGUUACUGUUUCAAUGCACCCCUUAAAAUUUGCUAUGCAAAUGAGUAUAUGUUUGUACCUGACUUAAAUAUUUGUUCUAAAGUGAGCGAGCAAAGCUACUUGUGUAAAAAACAUGAUGGCUCAUGGCAAGGAUGAUAUGAAAGUAUCGUGAGCUCUGAACUAUGUAGGGGCUGAUUUUAGUUUAUGGACUAUUGAUGCCCCUUGCUUCUUUUUCUGCCUCUUGCUCUCGUCUUUUGGACAUUUCAGUGAUUGUCAUAAGCUCCUCAGUCGUGUCGGCCCCUGUCAUCAGCUUCCGUGAGAGCAGAUGGGGCAGACAUGGGUAUUUGCUAUGUGGAAUUAUCUGUUGAUUUCACUUCUUCACGUUCUGCUGUGUCUUGUUGCUCUUGUUAAUGAAGCAUUUUCUGCCCAUUACUAAUCCAGAUUCUUGGACCUAGUGGUCAGGACCAAAUUCUUCUAACCACCAACCAUGUGACAGCGUGUCUGCUCUCUCUCCUUCUCUCCCGCUUUCUCUCCCAGCAUUCUUUGUCAAAUAAGUGUUAUUUACUCAUUUAGUUGCUUAGAAAGUACUUAUUCUUGGUUAAAAAAAUUUAAUGGCAGUUGUGUAUGUUUCUCAUUUUUAGUAUUAUUCAGAUGUUUAUACUUUAAUACCUUUAAACCAUUGACAGAAUUUUUCAUGUUUAAUUGUAGUUUUAAGAACCACUAUUUUGAAUGACUCAAAUGUAGUGCAUUUGAGUAGGCAUAGUUUACAGUGGAAUAGUAGAUGUAGUAUGUGUAGUUUUUCUUUUACUAUUAAGAUACAAUAAAACGUGACUAAUUUUUCUGUCGGAAAAGUAAAUGAAUAACGAGAAGUGAAUGGAGUUUUUAUAUUUUACUGUUUAAAUUGCCUGUCUUUAGUAAGACAAAGCCUUAAGCCUUAUGUUAUAAUUUUGAUCCCCAAAACUAUCAUUUCAGUACAAAGGAAUGAAUAUAUUCAGCCUUGCUCUUUAUUUUUUUUUCCCUUCCUAUUUAUUUUUAUUUUGAAAGGGUCCCCAACCUGCUCUGAAUUCCUACUAUGAAUUUUUGUUUCUUAGAAGUUAAUUUGUGUGAAAUGAGAUUCUUCAAAACAGCGAAUCCUCAUAGUUCUGAGAAAUGGUUUUAAGAUUUUAAAUUCUAAGCAAACCAUGACUCUGACGGACUACACAUUUAAUUAUACAGUGUUCUCUUUAUUAACCGCAGGCAGAUUAACCUCACUGUGGACUGUCCUUGAGACCUGAGUCCUCAGGGAUGGCUUCCGGUGCCCACUGCUGGGAGCCACUGAAGAGCUGUUCCCUUUCUGCCUUCUCACCAGAGCCCAAGGACGAGCCUGGUCUGGGGGAAGCACUAGCUUGCUUAGAGCAGACAGCUGCAAGGACAGCCUGGGCUGGCGAGCGUGCAGCCCCCGGCCUGCCCCAGAGCCCGCCUUCCCGGGGAGCCUCCUUCCGGCCGGAGCUUCUGUGCCAGUGUCUUCAGGUGCCCGCCCCCUCCUCCUCGCUUGCUGGGUGACUUUUAUUUCUUGGGCUUUUUGCCAGUUUCAGAAAAUAGGGAAGCAGCUGGGGAGUUGUGGACUGGGAGUAGAAUUUGAGCAAUGAUGCAGCAAUCCAGAAAAAUGGCAAGAGGGCACCUGAGGCCGAGGUGGCUGAGGGUCGCGGUGGGAGGGUGGAGGGAAGCGUGCUCCGCUCUGUGACUGUUCUGCACCAAAUAUGGCUGUUUUGUACCUCCAGCGGUUACAGGUUUUUAAAAAUUGUACUUUCAAAGCCAUUCUUUAUCCUCCCCACCCUCCGAUAAUUCCCUUCCCAAUAAGUUCCCGUGUAAUGAUUGGAGAUUCUGUACAGGAAAAACAUGAAAGUAGUGUUUUGAUUGUUUCGUAUGCUGGGAAAAGUUAAAAGUGGUCAAGUUAGUUUUUUUUUCUUCCCCACCCCCAAAGAAUCCUUUUGUAAUGGCAUUUAUUAACGUGACUCCACCAGCAAGCUAUGAUUAUAUUUUAAGCCCGUGAGUUUCGAACAGAGGCCUUGGGCUGCCCUGCACACUCAGCCUUGGUCACAUCUGGUAGCAGCCGGUGCUGUAGAUUAUAAAUAUCUUUUAUGGCAAAGUAGAAUAGUAGUAGUUUCGAUAUACAUGACAAAACAGUAUUAAAGCUCAGUAUUUUACUCAUUUUUAGCAUUAAAAAUAUUUUUGCUUUAGUGUGAGGAAGGUAAGGAUGGGCAGAGAGGCGAUAAAAAUAGCUGUUGCCGUGACAAAAAAGAAACAAACAAAGUUGGGGCAGGAUUUCUGUGAGAUAAGCCUCUAAAACUGCUUAGCAGAAGAAGGAUUGUAUUAAACUAGAACAAUGAUACUAAGGAGAACAUGAAAGGAUGUAUCAGGAAUAAAGUGAUAUUGCAUAGAAGCAUUGUAUUUUUAUGAAUUUUAUGCCAGUUGUUUUACAUGUACUAUGUAUGUUAAAUAAAAAAGAUCAUGAAAAGUAUAGAAGGUGGGUUUUUUUAAUU